AUGCCCCUGAACUGGAAGUGGGGCCAUCUUCCUCUUAGCGCCAUGAACCCUCCAACAGCUGAUGCUUGUGAGCGCUUCCCUCGCAUUGCUGAGGAGGUGCGCGCUCCUUUCCGGAGGCGCGAUCUGGACAAGGUUGACCCGGAUCCUUACGUGAUUUGGACCAAGAGCAAGAUGAGCCGCUCCCAGACUCCGCGUCCCGCCGCUCCUUCAGCCAACGCCAACCCACAGGUUGUGGAGCGCGCCACCCCGCUUCAGGCCGAAUGCGGGGCCGAGUUUCUGGAGAAGCUCACCUCCGAAGGCCGCAAGAAGAAGGCGCCCACACCCGAGGCCGGCUCCAGCGAGAUUCCUCCGGCCAAGCGCUCCCGGGUGGAGAUCGGUGGCAAGACGGUCACCACCAAGCGCUACCGGAAGCGGGAGAUGCCGGUGGCUACCGGGCCUCCUUUGAAGAUCUCCAAGAGCGCCUCUGGCAUGAGGCCGGAGACUUCUGGGGACGCCGCCAGGGGCUCCCCUCCUCCUCAGCCAAGCCCGACACCAUCUGGUGCCGGCAACCCUUCUGCCUCCCCUCUGGGGGGGCAACAUAAGUUCGAGAAAAAGAAGAAGAAGACCUUUUCGUCCCCCUCCAAGGCCGUGCCGGAUUUUUCCGAGCCGGCCAACUCCGCUCCAGCAAAGGAUGCUCCCGAAGCUCCUGUGCCGCCCAAGACUGGGACAACACCUCCUCCGGCUGCCCCGGUCGGCAAGCCAACGGCCGCCAAGCCAACGCCGCCAGAGAGCGGCAAGCUCACGACCCAACAGCUUGCUGCGGUGGUGACCGCGGCCACAGAUCCCUCCUCCAGCUCGCGAACGAUGGUCCUACAUACCGCCCGCGCCGUCGUGGUAGCCUCCGAGACGGCCUCCGCCCAGGUAGGCCGGAUCACAGAGUUCCAGCGCCAAGGAGCCGACCUGGGCCAUCUGCUCGAUUACGCUGAAAAGUGGAAUCGGGCAGAUCUGACGCCGGCGACGCGGGGCCUCGGCAAAGACAAGCUGCCGGUGGUCGACCCCUCCGGCCCUCGCAGCACCGGACAACAUUUUGGCCAGCUGCGGCGCGCGGCCAAGGAGUUCGAUAACGCCUGGCACGAUGCCAGCACCAACGUGACGAGCAUGGUGGACACCCGGAAGCAGCUCUUUGAGGAGCUGCUGUGGGAGUACCGGGAGCUGUCCGAGGCACACAACAAGUGCCAAGCGCUCCCGGAAGUCUCCUUCGAGGAUCUCUCCGCCGAGCUUGCCGCGUUCAAAGCUGAAAAGGAGCAGCUCACCUCCGCGCACCGCGAGAUGAAGGAGCAGGCCAUGCAGGCUGAGCUCCGGCAUGCGCGUGAGCUCAAGGAGGCCAAAUCCGCAGCAGAGGCCAAACUUGACGAAACUCUGAAGGAGUAUACCGACUCCACUGCUGGGCUGCGGAAAGAGCUGGAGGAGGAGACGGCUGCGCCGGACAAGAUCGCCCAGCUCACCACCGAUCAAGCCGAUUAUGAUCGGAUGGUGAUGCAGAUCGACGCCCUCGCGUGCAGGAUCUUCCCGGACUCCCAGGCGCAUGCUGUCGCCAACGUCACAGAGCACAGGGCCACGCAAAACUUGCCGAGUCCGGAUGCGCCCUAG